AUGACUGAUUUCACCGCAAAAAAUUUUAGUGGAAUUGAAGCCGAAUGUAACAGAUUAGAGUGGUGGUUUGAAACUCACUGCAGUCAUGUCCCACCCAAUAUUCCAAUCUUUCUAGUGGGAACUCAAAGAGGAGACAUGGAUAGGAACAACAUUAAAAGAUUAGAUGAGCACCUAAAAAGAUGCCUUUGGAGAACAUACUGUGAUCAACUAGUUGUAAAUGACACUGAAGGUCUGAUCUUUUUUCCUAUUGAGAAUUCGAAAGGGAAGGAAGAAAGUGGAGUUCAAGUACUUCAAGAGAAAAUCACCACAGUGGCCAAGGAAAAAAAAGUCAAGGAAACCUUUGGUCGUGCAAUUCCUCUGUCUUGGGUUAGAGUACAGGAUGCAAUAAUCAACCUCAAGGAACAGAAUGGCACUAAGUUCUGUCUACGCCUUGAAGAGUUUUCUAAUGUACUUGACAACUUUGACAACCUCAGUUCCACCAACUGGUCCAAAGAAACCCUCCAAUAUUUUCAUGAAACAGGUCUGGUAAUUUACCUUGAGAGAGAUCAAGAUCUUGAUCUGUCCAACUGGAUACUUCUCAAGCCUGAAAUAGUGGUUGAUAUCAUUAUCCAACUGGUCACACCACCACUCCCAAUCAACCAGGAGAGGGGCUUGAGGCAUGACUGGAAUCUUUUGAAAGAAAAAGGACUGUUGACAAAAUCACUCCUGGAGAACAUCAUCUCAAAUGUAAAGGAAAAUGUAGAAGCCAUGACUUCAUUUCUUGAAGAAUAUGAUUUGAUCUGCCCAUUGGCAAACAGUAGGGUGAACAUGUUCAGAGUGUGUGAAGGUAAGGAGCAGCCAACACACUUUGUACCCUCCUUGUUACCAAUGGCCUCAGAAAGGGACACACCCAUAUGGCAUGAUGACAACACUGAUAAGAAGUGUUAUGUAUUCUUCACCAAGUUCCUGCCUCAACCUUUGUUCCACCAUCUGCUAUCUCGUGCUCACAAGCUUACUAGGGUGGAGUUUCCUAAUGGUCAUACGGUUUUAUUCAGAGAUGCUGGCAGGUUCUGGUUGACUGCUUGGCAACCUUACAGUCUCAAGUUGAUGAAGGAGGAGAAGAUGAUUGAAGUCACAUUCAGAUGUAGGUAAGGCUGGAUAUCCUAAUGGUUUGAGCUUAGCUACAUAUGGUAUGUUUAUUGGUAGCAUUUAUUGCUCAAUCAAAGUGUAAAAUUAUGUUUCAAAGGAAAUAAAUAUAAGUAUAAAUGAAUCUAUUUUUUGGCCUAUGUAUGAAAAUUAUGUAAGGCAGGAUUAGUGUUAAUUUAUGCACAAAUUAUAACUAAUAUUGACAAUAAUACCUGUACACUGGAAUCAGUUACUUCCGUGGUAGGGGCUAAUUCCUAUUUUCAUCUGUUAUAAAAUGAGUAACUGAGAUGCUGGUCUUUUGUUGAUUAGGGAAAAUGAUGAAGUAAGGCCAUCAGAUGUUCUGUGUCACGUGUUUUCCAUGGUUUAUGGAAUCUGCAAAACGAAUUUUCCUUUUGUCAGUUUCCACUGUGGCCCAGCCUGCCCCUCAUCCAACUGUCCUGGUCAUCAACCAAACUAUGUUUCACAGUCAGUUGGAGAGGAACAAGUGCCACGCCAGCACGUGUUUAAUGUUAUGCCUGGACGGCAGGGAGACAGAAUUCCCUUUAUGUAUUGUGAAGACCAUAGUUUUGAAAGAGAGUUGAAUGAAUGGAUUCCCUAGAAAGAAAGGUCAGUAAAUUUUUUUUUCUGACUAAAUUGGACUGUCAAGGGAGACAAAAUAUGUAAUAUAUACCAUCAGUAAAUGUAAAAUAACAGCUCCAGCUCACCUCUUUGAUUACUAGGUAUUUCAGUCCUAUGUUUCAUACAGAUAUUGAAUUCUAAAAUGAGAUUAAGUACAUAAUUUGCUAUAAAAAGACGUAUUGGUAAAAUAAACUGUGCAAGAAAGUGGUCUUAAAUGUGGGAGCCCACUUACAUGUAAAAUUAUUAAUAUAAUACCAGAGAAAGUCUCCUGAUACUGGUAACAAAUGUAUGGUGUUAUAUUUUAAAGGCUGCAUCAUUCCACCUUUCACUGGGAUAACAGGCACUUUAACAGCCAUGGACAAAUGCACUGUAUGCUUUUACUUGGUCAAGUUGGUUUUAUGUGGUUGCAUCAAGUGUUUAAUAAAAAAAGUUACAGUUACGAUAUAUAAUAAAAAUACUUGAUGAACAUGAAAGUUGUAGUCAUUAAAAUGUUGUGUCUUUAAGGACAAUUUUUGUUAUAAAAUGUUUUGCUGAGGUGUCUGGUAUUGUUUCCAGGAAAUAAUUCACAUGGUCUUUCCUCUACAGGUUAACCUCUUGUCAGUACUGUCACCUUUUUGGUACAAAUGAACGCAGUAUGUAGAAGUUAUCGCUUCCUUAUGAGCAAACUCAGUGUGUAUUUGUCGCUGACCAGAUAUACUUAAGUACAAACCUUUGUAAGGAAGAACAUUUAACAGACUCUUGUGGCCUGUAGAACAGUUUAAGCGUCAUGUAUGUGAGGCACAAUAAUUAAACAUUAGCCAGACUUUUUAAUGAUGGUAGAGCAGUCCAUUUCCAUCAUCGAUC